AUGCUAAUUAACCAGUCAAACAUGAAUAAAAUUUGUUAGAUGACGUAGAAAUAAUUAAUUCUGAAAAAUCAACAUAUAAACAAUAAUUUAUAAUUUAUUAUUUAUGAGAAUAUGACAGAGUCAAAAAAAAUUGAAUAUCAAAAUCAUUUAGAUUAAAGCUUUGAAAACUCAUAAAACUAAGAAUACUCAAAUAACUUAAUGUUCUAGAGAUAAGAAAAUCAAGAUAAUCUAGAUGGGUUAGAAUAAAGCGAAACAUAAAACCAAAUCAAUGAAGAAACCACAACAAAUUAAUCAUUUUUAUGUUAAGAAGAUAAUCUCAUUCAUCAAAAGAUUAACCCAAACAUUUUAAAGAAUAUUAUCAAGUCGUUUUUCAACUUUCUUAUGCAAUAAAAGAAUUAAGAUAUCAUCAUUGAACUUAUUCCUAACAAACCAUACAAACAAAUCAUGAAGAAUAUUAUAAAGUAUAAAAAAUAGUUUAAGUACAAUAAUUAGUAUCUAGUGAGGCUCUUACAAAGUAAAAAAUAUUCAAAGAUUUUUGAAUACUAUAUUACAUUUGAUAUAUUAGACUGGAUUAAUAGUUCAAAGCUCAAGCAAUUAGCUAUGCAUCUCUAAUGCAUAGAUUUCUUAAAAUAAUGUUGCGUUGAUAAAAAAUAGCUGUAAGCAAUAGGCUUCUAUACAAAGAAAUCUUGA